AAUUUUGUGUUUGUAACCGAAUGUGUUGUUUUUCUAAACAAAACUAAUUUUUCAAAUCAAUUUUUGGACGGAAAGCCAUCCCUGUUUCUCAUCGAGCCAUUACUGCCACAUUUUUAUAAAUAGUGUUCUAAAUAUUAAAUGUAAAUAAUUCGAUCAUAAUUUUGAGACUAGAGUCGAUUGAACAAAUAACAUUUUGACAAACGUAUUUGUUAAGUUUUAAAUUUAAAUAUUGAUUAUUAAUGAAGUUAUCGUAUAAAAUAUAAAUGUGAUGUCGUAAUAGCACCUCCUUCUCUAUCAAUACGCAAAGGAGAGGGCGAGUAAACAAGAGGGCGAGUGAAGGGUGAUUGGGAGUCCGGGACGUCCGUCUCGGUUGAGCGACACUGAGGUCUCGCCGAUUCCCCUCCUCCUAGUCGUCCUGCACCCACUAUUGGCCCCACUGGCUGGCGCGUCUCACUUCUCGUAGUUCUCGUCUCGCUGCCAGUGGCUGCUAGUCGGUGGCGGGCGCUCGUAGAGUAUGCGUCGUUUAUCGCGCUCGAAGGCCAGUAUUCUUCUUCCUCCUUUCUCGUCGUCUCUCUCCUUCGUGUACGUCAUUCGCGCAUUCGUAUCACGACGACAGUGAUCCUAGCAGCCUGACGUUACGCGACGCAUCGGCACGUGCCGGCGACCCGGAGUCCGGAGAUCGGCCGUGACGAUUCGAAUUUUUCGGAGCACACACACGACGUCACGACGUCACGACUCACGACCCCGGAUCGACGCGCUCCACUCUCGCUGCUCGCAUCGGUGCGUUUGUUUUGACAUGUGUGUAGGCUGCCAUAUUGGAUUACCGCAUCGCUGCUGUUGCUGUCGCCGUCGUAGUCGUCGUCAUCGUCGUCAUCACCGCUGCGGAGCACCCGGGCGUGAGACGCGACUUUCGCGCUAAAAAAAAGAUACGAAAGAAGAAAAUUUAUGAGACAGAACGAGAGAUAAGGAAGGAGAGGGAGAGGACUCGUAAUACGCUCAACUUACAUAACGCAAUUACCUCGGUGAUUUGUAAUGAUGAUGUGAAUCACACCUCUCGCUCAGAUGCGAGUCGCGCGCAACGCACACAUCGGCUGCGACGGAUAUUGACGACGUAGAAGAACAAAUGAUAUCAUUCACGAAGGCACUCUUGGUGGACAAGCUGCGUUCAUUCUACGUGUAUCGAACGGAUUGAUAAUCUUAACGAUCUAUUUGUGGAUCAGACAUGGAACCUAUCACAACGAUUGCGCGGCACAGUUAAGCGCGGGCGGUUGAUGCCUAAUGGCGCGGGCUGGAACGCAACGCUGGAGAAAUCCUGCUCCAGAAGGUGACGAUGUACAACGAUCGAUCGAGCUGUUGGACAAGGUGCUCUCAGAGUACGACGAGCACGACGCAGAGAGCGAAGGUGGCGGCGGUGGCAGCGGUGGUGGUGGUGGUGGCGGCAGCGGUGGCUGCGUCGGGAGCGGAAGUGGCGGAGGCAUCGGGGAUUGCGGCAGCAGCACGGAACCAAGCAUUGGCCUCACGCCCGACGACGAGAGUCCGUCCUUAGCAGGACACCAAUCCGAGGACGACGGUUACAUGAGCAUGAAUGGUCGGAAAGCGAAAAUGGCGCUACUAGCAUUACGUCCGGUUCCGGAUUGUCCAGAGCCUCAGGAUCCAGCAGGUGUUUCGACGCAGGAAUUUCCACCACCCCCAGAAGAAGCUGAACGUAUUAUUUCGACUCUUCUGCCAAUAUUGUCAUCUAUCAGUUACAAUUAUGUGUUUCGACUCUUAAUUUAUCGGAAUGUACUAUUAAUUUAAGAAAAUGAUAUAAAAAGUACAAUGACUGGAGUAUUAUUUUACAUAUAUAGAAAAACUAAAAAUUUAAUAAUGGUUUUAUCAUACAUAUGGUAACUUCGGUAUUUACGCCGCACAGGGAUUUACACCGCAAAAAUAAAAAAAAAAUAAAAGGAGGAUAAUUUGCAUGCAAUUACUCUAUUGUAUGCCUUUAUGUUAUAUUAGUAUUGUGUUAUGAUUUCAGUUUUUUAUUGUUAAUAUUAAUAAAAUUUUGCUGUCAAUUGAAUCGAUUUGUCAAUAUAACAAGUAGCGCAAUCAUAGCCCAUAAACAUAAAAUGAUUAUCAUAGAAUUGCAAAAGAUAAUUUGAUGAUAAGUAUA